AUGGACGCGAUGUACUGCUGCUGCUGGCUUCGGCAACGGCUUGCUGGUUCUGCUGAUCAUUCCACGGAGGCUUGCCUGACGCCAUACCACGGCGUCAGCGCUCCUGCUCGGACCGCGGGGCUCAAGCGUUACAGUGACGAGACGGAUUUCGACGCCUGUUGCCUACAGCAUGGCCUCUCACAAGCAAUGACUCCGCCCCCCGAAGAGAUGCAGUUCUACAACAACCAGUUUUGCCACCAUCAGCAACAGCAACUGCAUCAACAACAGAAAGAGCGAGCAGUUUUUUUGCAUGUCACCCUCUAUCACUCCAGUCGUGGGUUAGGAUUUGCCAUCCGCCGAGGUCACGAGUGCAACCAGAUGCCUUUCACUAUCUCUCGAGUGGUUGAUGGUGGACCCGCUCAUCUCGACGGUCAACUCAAGGUAGGCGACGAGUUGCUGCAGAUCAAUGGUUUCAAGACGGCGGGAAUGUCGUUUCAUCGUGUGAUGGAGAUAAUCCGGGCGGGUGGCAAAUUUGUCCGCCUCGGCGUACGCCGCUCCCUCCUGCCCACUGGCGAGGUGAGGAAUUUCGCUGCGCUGUCGUCGCCGCCGCCUCUACCUGCGCUCUCCUCCGCACGCUACUCUCCACUGCCGCUCAUACCGUCUUCAGCCCCCGUGGUGGAGCCGCAGCCACCACCGGCGACUCCGCUACCACCGCCAUAUCUCCGCUCACUGGAGUUAUUUACGCCUUCAUCCAUGCACAAUUCAUCCAUUGGAUCCCCUCCUCUACUCUCCUCCGAUAUCGGCUGUUCAAUCUGCGAAGGUUUACACUGCUGGAGUUGUGGCGUGAUGCAGACAGGGACUCUGUCAGAGGCGCCCUGUCCAUUUACGGAUGGUGCUGAAAAGAGCUCGAAUGAAGCCAGUGACUGCACCCAACUGUGA